CAGCGAAUCCUGAUCCUCAAUUAUUAAACGCGCGCAUUACCGACUCAAUAUAGAACUGUCCAUUAUUCAGUCAGUUGAUUCCACAGACCACGCUUGCUGCUGCUUCUUCUUCUUGCAGCAGAAGAUGAGGCGAUCAACUUGAAGGAGAUUAGGAGAAGGAACACGCUGAGACGAUUAAUCUCUUGCCCGUACACCAUCACCACUUCUAUAUAAACAUCAAACCCUUGCAAGGCCGUGAAUCCAAAGCAGACAGCAUCCAUCGAUCACGAACCCCACACGGCCACACCAGCACGUACAGCAAGCAGAUCAGCAAUGGAGAGCGGCGGCGGCGGCAAGAAGAAGCAUUUCAUCCUGGUGCACGGGCUCUGCCACGGCGCGUGGUGCUGGUACAAGGUGGCCACCGCGCUCCGGGCCGCGGGGCACCGCGUGACGGCGCUCGACCUCGCCGCGUCGGGCGCCCACCCGGCGCGCCUGGACGAGGUCGCCUCGUUCGAGGAGUACUCGCGCCCGCUGCUGGACGCCGUCGCCGCGGCGGCGCCGGGCGGCGAGCGGCUCGUCCUCGUGGGCCACAGCCACGGCGGCCUCAGCCUCGCGCUCGCCAUGGAGAGGUUCCCGCGCAAGGUCGCCGCCGCCGUGUUCGUGGCCGCGGCGAUGCCCUGCGUCGGCAAGCACAUGGGCGUCACCACCGAGGAGUUCCUGCGAAGAACUGCUUCUAAAGGCCUGCUCAUGGACUGCCAAACGGUGGCCAUCAACAGCAGCAACUGCAACAAUGGAGUAGCAAUCGUGAUGGGUCCAAGAUUCAUGGAAGAAAAGUAUUACCAGGAGAGCCCAGCAGAGGACCUGACCCUGGCCAAGCUGCUGGUGAGGCCUGGCAACCAGUUCCUGGAGGACCCGGUGAUGAAGGACGAGGCGCUGCUCACGGCCGGCAACUACGGGUCGGUGAGGAAGGUGUACGUGGUGGCCAAGGCCGACGGCUCCAGCACCGAGGAGAUGCAGCGCUGGAUGGUGGCCAUGAGCCCCGGCACGGAGGUGGAGGAGAUCGCCGGCGCCGACCACGCCGUCAUGAGCUCCAGGCCCAGGGAACUUUGCGACCUCCUGCUCAGGAUAGCCAACAAAUAAAUACGACUACAAUAUACGAAGUCUAAUCUUGUGGCUUGUAGUAGCUAGAGCCCAUCUCGUGAUUCGUGAACAUAAGCAGCCAGCUUACACGCUGAGCGCUGUCGUUAUGGAAUAAGAUGCUUGCGCUUCCUUGGAAUUUCAGAGCGUUUCUCGCUUCAAUUGUUUGAUGUUGCAUGGAGCAUGACUGGAUCAUAUCAAAUGAAACAAUUAGAGCGUACUGUUGCAACA